AUGCUGGGUCAAAAGACCCAGGACCGUGACACAUGGAGUGCAGUCAGCUUCUUCAACCAGAAUUCAGUUCCACCUGGAGCAACACUCCCUCUUAGUGGGCAAUGGGAAAAAACUGGAGAAUGUGACCUCAGACUACCGACACUAAUUGAAGACUGGACCAGAGAACAUGUGAAAGAUUGGCUGGUGAUUACACUCAGGGUACCAAAUCAUGUUGCACAGAGCCUCUAUGAACAAGAAUUUUCAGGGGCUUGCUUGGCCUCCUUUGAAAAACAAGACUUGUUAGACUUAGGUGUGCCACCUGCUCCAGCAAUACAAAUCAUAAAACAAGUCGAGAAGUUAAGGAAGCAUUCAGAAACAUUUAAUUUAAGUGCAAGAUUAUCAGAGAGUUAUUACACUGAUGAAUUUGUUGAAACUAAAACAGUAUCAUCAGAUUCAGGAAUCCAAAGUGAAAGUUCUGUAGUUGAAGACAUGUUGCAGACAGGAAGAGACGGAAUAAGAUCAGUAAUAGAUCAGAACACAAGGGCCGAUACACAGUUGCAUAAGGAAAAUACUGACAACACAACAGGGCUACAAUUUAGGAGACGAGUAUAUCAAAUGCGUCCCUUUGACAAAAAUAAGUUCUCCACGUUCUACAUGGAAAAUGACAUUUUUCCACCUGCAACUGGUCCAAGUAAUCUCCUUGACCCAAUCCACGAGUACCAACUUCUGCCUAAUGCAACUGAAGCAGAUGAAAGGGAAAUCUUAUAUGAAUUCACAAGGGAAGUGUUUAGCUUUGCUGCAAGCUGCAUGAAUUCACGAACCAACGGAACUAUUCAUUUUGGAAUCAACAACCAACAAGGACCACAACAUGGUCAGGUUAUUGGACACACAAUCACCUGUUUCAAUAAGUAUAUUGAGGCAUUUGAAUUAUCAAUGAGUGAAUAUUUUGAAGAACAACAUGUAAACGCUGCUAGAAUGUGCGUCAGACCUCCUAAAUUUAUACAAGUUUGUUAUCAAGAUGGAACAACUUCAGACAAAUGGGUGAUUGAGGUUGAUGUAGUUCCAACAUAUUUAGAGACUCAGCACAUUCUUUUUUAUACUCGACUGAGUAUUACUACAGCAGAAACAAGUCAGCAAUGCAAAACUGACUGCCUCUUCGUCAGGGAUGGCCCAAGGUCAAUCAACAUUUUACCAGACACAAACCCUCGGGUGGUUCAAGAGGAAACGAAAAGCUUGACAGAGAAAGUGAAGCACUGGGCGUCAGCACGCAAGUCAGCAGAAGAAAAGGAUGAGAAACUCCAACCACAAGGCCACCAGGGUCAAAGACUAAAGCAGCUCAUAACCCGUGGAAGAGAUUCGUUUGAUAAUUCCCUGCAAGUCAUUGUGGUUACUGACAAAUGUCAUUCAAGUCAACUGGAGCACUUAGAUUUUCUAAGUGAGAUGAAGUUGUUUGUUGUUCUUGAGUUUGACCCAGAAUCUGACGUAAAUGGAACAUGUAGUUAUUAUAGAAGACACCACAUAGCCAAUCUGCACUACCCACGAAUGUAUACCACUCAAGACAGUUUGACUGCAACCAUUAGAAAGCUAAACUUGUUUAAACAAACAAGCUGGAUUUUCUGCAAUGGAAAGGUAAAUGAAGAUAGUGCGGCAGACAAGCCUCUCGCACCCAGUGAAUGGCUUAAGAGACGCUCUGGUGAUAUCAGCAACUUGAUAUCUCUGCUUUGUAAGCCAGAUUUGCUUUCCAAGGAUAGACUCCUGGUGAUAUUUAUUCUUCACUCUGCAGAAACUGACAUCUCAAGCCCUCUUCUGGAGACAUUCUGUGCCAUCUAUCGCACACUAGAAGGAGCUGAUAAUAUUGUGUGCAUAUGCAAAGAUGCCAAUAUAUUCACUGAGUGGAAAAGGCUGAUUGAGUCUCGUUGUAAGGAAGACAUCACCAGUAAAUGCAUUUAUGAAUUAAGUCUGAAUGAAAUAUCCAGCACGAUCAAAAAACUCAAAGAACCUCAAACACAGUCCUCCCAGAGAUACUUGCCAUCCACAGGCUCAAGCUCAGUCCAACUGACAAGAAAAGAUGAAGAGCUUUUCACUGCUUUGGACAUCUUGUGUGAAAAUGAAUGUGAGAACACAGAAAUUGAAACAAUGGAUUCUUUUCAAGGGUUUAAGAAGAAAACAGAGGAAGAUUUUUACAGAGGAGGACAAGUUACAUGGUGGAAUUUUUACCUUUCUGAGCAGACUGGGAGUCUGCCUUUCAUCAAGCGAGACAAAUACAAUGAGCUAUAUGACUUGAUCACACCUGUCCAAGGCUACACAUCUUCAUGUGUAGUAAUAAAUCUAUUCCAUCACCCAGGAUGUGGCGGAACAACUUUAGCAAUGCAUGUCCUUUGGGAGCUAAGAAGAAAAUUCAGAUGUGCUGUUGUUAAAAACAACAUGGAAAAUAAUAACGAAAUUGCUUCCCAAGUCAUGAAUCUUGUGAUAUAUGGCAAACAGGAACAGCCAGGUUAUGUCCCUGUUCUUCUCUUGGUGGACAACUGGGAAGAUGUAACAGACCUAAAACAGUGCAUCCUGAAUGUUGCCAGUAAUCGAAAACAACAUAACAGUCCCAUGGUAAUUAUACUGAACUGUGAGAGGACCCAGUUUCCAUAUGAGAGCUCCAGAAACAGCCACUUUGAAAAUGUGUUCAUCACAAACAAGUUGUCAACUAAAGAGCAGAAUUUGUUUUCUGGAAAACUUGAACAGCUCAAAAUUGACCAUGAGAAACCUGAAACUUUCUAUGCCUUCAUGAUCAUGACAAAUAACUUCAGUGAGGCUUACAUUACAGAUCUGGUGAGCAACACUGUUAAAGAUCUUGACAGUACUACCCGACAGGGUCAAUUAUUGUCCUUCCUAGCUUUGCUGAACACUUAUGUCAAUGGAUCCUACUUGUCCUUGUCUCUGUGUGAAGAACUAGUGGGCAUAAAGGAUGCCCUAUACAAGCGAGAAACUCUUGAUGACAAAAUGAAUCCCUAUUCCACACUGCUGAUAACCUUCACCAUCGAAGAACAUGGCACCUAUCAAGCAGUGCGAUUCUUGCACCAGAUGAUUGCAAGUAAGUGUCUUAAAGUUCUUAAUCAAAAACAUAAACUUUCUCUGUCUGAGAUAACCAUCAACAUUUUGCACUGUGACAGAGUUUACAAGUCAUGCAUGGGAAAGGAUUUUCUGGUCCAAAACAUUCAUAGCAUGCUCAUCACACGCCACAGAAAAGAACAAGGAGAUGACAAAGACACACUGUUUUCUCCUUUAAUUGAAGAAAUAUAUGCUGAGGAAGGACCUGACAAAACCAAAGAAGUCUUAGAAGGAGCCACACUGAGGUUUGACAGAAGUGCAACACUGCCGCAAGCACUGGCAAGAUACUUCUACUUGAAAGAAGAAGACUUCACAUCAGCCCUGCGUUGGGCUUUGGAUGCACAAAGUAAAAACCAAAAUUCCUACAUUGCAGAUACAGUUGGACAAGUUUAUAAGAGCAACCUCAAACAGAAAAUCAAAAAUUCUCUAACUCCUGAAGAAUAUGAUGAAUGCCUAAGAUUGGGUGUCAAAGCUGUAAAAGCAUUCCAGGAGUCACAGGAGCUUGCUAAAGCAGAUGAACAAGUAGAUCCUUUUGAUCUGCACAGCAGAAAGAGAUCAAAGUCCUACAAUACAUCAGGCUAUGUUGGAGAGACAGAAGUAAUGAUUAUCCUUCUUGACAUCAUGAAAGAUCUUCCUCUCUCUGGUGUCAGUGGCAGAUAUAGAAGAGAUAAAAUGCUUCAGUUUCUCAAAGGGCACCUUGAAGAGAAAAAUCUAUAUGAUUACAGCAACACAACUGCCAAUGAAUUUGUGGCUGUACUGGCAGAACACAAGAAAUUUCUCAUCUCCUUGAGGCCAAGGCUGAAGGAAAUUUUCAAUUUUUUUGAGAAUUAUUUUACAUACCUAAAGCCUAGGUCAAAGGAAAGGGAAAUGACUGAUGAAAGAAGUAAACGAAAAGUAUCUGAGUACUUCAGAAAGUACAUACAAGUCUUCAGUAGUUCAGAUGAGGAGAAAGCAUCCGAAAAGGCCAGAAACCCCAAUCUAAGUCUCAGGCAGGAAAUACUGGACCAGAAGUUCUACCUGGAAACAAAGCGUGCAGACACAUUUGCUGGAAUUUUGCAGUGCUUGACUGAUAAACAUGGUACUGAAAUGGAGCACAUUGUCAGAAAAUGGGCUUUUAUCUAUGACAAUUCAUCAUCUGUCUCAGAUAAAGUAAAGUUCAUUUUGGCAAACAUAGUCUUGCAAAGCAUGAAGCCAUCUUCAAAGUUGGUAAAAAAAUAUGAAGAGCUGGUUGAACUUCUGAAUGAGGAACUGCAAAAAGAGGGCACCCAAUCAAAUCUAACAGAACUGUACUACCUCUCCAUGCUGCUCCUGUGGCCUACAAAAGACAAAAAGCUUGCAAGUGUUGCAGCAUUCCAAAAUAUCAGCACAUAUAUCACAGCAGCCAAGAAAUCCUUUCAUCGGCGCUUCUCUUACAUGUUUCCAGCAAGGAGUGCUAUAGCUCAUUUCUUUCUUGGAAAAUCCAGUGGACUAAAGCGAAUAAUUUCUAAAGCAAAACUUGAUCAAAUUCUGGAUCGUGUUUCAAAACAAGACUCUUCCAGUGGUGAGAGUACUCAUUCACGAAAGCAUCAUCAUCUUUGGCAGAGUGGUGCAGCAUGGAACCGGCCAGAGGUGCAGAAUGAGCUGUUAAGGAUAAAAGGGAAAUCAGAAAAUGGUGAAAUUUAUGUUAACUAUGGAGCCAACCUAAAAAUAAUGGUGCGCCCAGUUUACUUGGGUGACAUUCGAAGUGGAUACAGCCAGGAGGAAGUAUCCUUUUACCUUGGAUUUACUAUGGAAGGCCCAGUAGCCUAUAAUGUAAAGUAUGUAAAUGACCAGUGA